UAAAGGAGCUUGCAAUUCAUGAAGAGGGAGAGGGAGAGUUAGGACUAUAAUUGGCCAACCAAUCAUCACACUCUUUUCCAAACCAAGCCAGGAUGCCCUUGAGCCAGUACUUUGAGAUCUAAUGGAUUUCUGAAUAAUACCGAGCUUUGGAGUCACUUUCUAUGUGAAUUCUUCUGAGUUCUGAACUCAGCUCUCCAAACAAUUUGGAGGUCGACAAAAAUAGUCCACAGUCAGCUAUAUUGUCUUGUUUAUAAACUAUGAUGGAUGGAUUGGAGAGGCCACAUGCGCAAAUGAAUGCCAAUAACAUGGAGAUGUCAGCAUUAGCCCAGAAGCAUAAGCAGGAGCAGCAGCAACCCUUUAAUACACUUUCCCAUUGGAAGCAUUACCUGCUGCAAAAUUUAAAGAUGAACAGGUUUGCCUAUCUGGGACGAAAAUUACAUCAUCUUUUUCGUUAUUCAUGUUGUAAGGCAGCUUCACUCAUCCGAUUCCAUCAGACCCUGAUUGUGCAUCUGUAUUGGUUCACAGUCUCCCAUGUACACCCAUAUUUUAUUCACCUUGGUUAUUUCAUAAUCUUAUCCUUGUUAGGAUAUCUGGCUUUGAAGUUCUCGAAGCCAAGAACUUUCCCUGUUUGGUCUAAUGACUUUAACUUGUUCUUCACCUCAGUCUCAGCUUCCACAGUUUCUGGUCUUUCAGUGAUGGAAAUGGAGGUUCUUUCCAACAACCAACUUAUCAUUGUUACCAUUCUCAUGUUACUAGGUGGGGAGAUUUUCACUUCCCUGCUUGGACUUGUCUUUUCUUGGUUUAACUUCCCCAAUCAUCAAAGUAACAAAAACAGUGGAAAUAACCCAAAUUCUAGGGAGGAUCAAAUUGAGCUGGGUGUAUUAUCUAUCUCUGAUUCUGAGCCACAGAACAAAAACGACCAAGUUACUACUUCUCAAAAUGGUAAUGUGGACAAUCUGAAUCUGAAACACAGUUCCAUUAAGCAUCUGGGAUAUGUUGUUGUGGGUUAUCUAAUAAUAGUUCAUUCUGUUGGUUGUAUUAUGGUGUCCUUGUACUUAAGCAUUGUUCCCAGUGCAAAAGGAAUGCUCAGAAACAAGGGCCUGAAGUUACAGACAUUUGCAGUUUUUACCAUAGUUUCUAGUUUUGCCAAUUGUGGGCUUGUCCCCACGAAUGAGAACAUGAUAGUUUUAAAGAAGAAUUCAGGUCUCCUUCUGCUUCUCAUUCCAUAUAUGCUUCUGGGAAACACGUUGUACCCUCCAUGCCUGAGGCUAGUAAUCUGGGCAUUGGGAAAAAGUAGCAACAGAGAGGAAUUCUUUUACAUUUUGAAAAACCAAAGACAGAUGGGUUAUUAUCAUAUGCUUUCUCGUUUCCAUUGCUAUCAGCUGGUUAUUACUGUUUUUGUGUUGUUUGCCGCACAGUUCAUACUGUUCUGCUCUCUGGAGUUGAACUCGGAAAACUUGGAGGGUCUAAAUCUCUAUCAGAAAUUGGUUGCACUCAUGUUUCAAACUGUGAAUUCAAGACAUGCAGGUGAAUCUGUACUCAACCUUUCUACCGUCUCUUCUGCCAUUUUGGUGCUCGUGGUUGUCAUGAUGUAUAUGCCACCAUACACAAGGUUUUUGCCGAUAAGGGACGAAGAAGACAAUAAUAAAAAAGACAAGAAGAGGAGCAAUAGAACAAAGAGUAUAAUGGAGAAUCUUCUGUUAUCACAAAUAUCUUAUUUGGCGAUUUUCGUAAUUCUAAUAUGCAUCACCGAGAGAGACAAGUUCAGACGAGAUCCCCUCAACUUUAAUCUCUUGAGCACUACAAUAGAAGUCGUUGGUGCAUAUGGGAACGUGGGGUUUUCAACGGGAUAUAGCUGUGAGAGGCAACUAGAACCUGAUGGUCACUGCAAAAAGGGUUGGACAGGUUUGGCAGGACAUUGCAGCAUCAAAGGGAAACUGAUACUCACUCUCGUCAUGUAUUUUGGCAAGCUUAAAAAGUUCAGCAGGAAUGGUGGCAAAGCAUGGGCCCUAUCUUAAUCAAAGGGAAUUCUUGUUUUCAGCUUUCUCCCAUUAAUUACAAUCUCGUCUUUCCCCAACUUCUAUAUUUCCUUUAUUUAAAUUUUCAAACAACACAAAUGUGUAAAGCACGAUAUUUUUGCUUACACUUCCUUUUCUAUUGAC